GUGUGCUUGUGCGUGUGCGAGUGCGUGUGUGUGUGUGUACGCGCGCGGUGGCAAUGUAUUGGCUAGCCUUGCCGUUUUGCCCUUUGGUGUGCCUGCUAUGCUUGUGCUUGGGAUUUGGCGAUUUGACUUAUGGAUAUGGCGAUCAAUAUGGGCGCGGCAUUAAUAACCGUGCUGGAGGUCAUGAGAAUACACAAGAACGUCCACAAAACUGGUAUCAGCAAGCCCAACCACGAUCGGUAAAUGGUAAAGCACAACUGAAUAAUGGACAUAAUGUGCAUGGGGAUAAUUUAUCCGAUGAGAUGCUGCAUAAGGAUGAUGAUCACGAUUAUCUCACCGCUUCCGAUUACCCACCACAUCAAGGUCAUGAGCACGAUCACGCAUACGAUCAUGAGCAUGAUCACGAGGACGAUCAUGGGCACGAUCAAGAACAUGAUCAUGAUCAUGAGCACGACCACGACCACGAACAUGAUCACGAGCACAUUGACGAUAAUAUGGAGGGUCAAGAGGAGGGUGAAAAAUUAUAUGGUCAUGUUUUUACCAUGGAACCAAUGAUACCACUUAAACCGAGCAUCGGUGCUGGCGCUGGCGUCGGCACAACAAGCACGGGCGAUACUCCAAAGUUCCGUAAUGUGGGUCCACAGGGAGGACGUGGCGAUAUGUAUGUUGUUCGCGAAUCGGAUAGACAGACAAGCACGCGGGGUCGUGAUGGUUUUGUCAGCGGUGCCAGCAACAAGCAGAAGGGCUUCCGCCCAUUUGCGAACCGCGUUGUAGUCCACGAUGAUCCCCGGCAGCUGGGCCAGCCGGGUGAUGGAUACAGCGCACCACCGUCCAGUGGCUGCCACAAUAGCUGUGAUGAAUUGCACUCCGAUGAGCUCGACUGCGACAACAUGGAUGAUAUAUUGUCCAAGCUGCAAAAGGAGUGCGAACAGAGCGGCCUCCAUGUCAUGUGUCCCAGGACUUAUCGUUGCAUUAAUAAAGACUGGCUCUGCGAUGGCGACGAUGACUGCGGUGAUUAUUCCGAUGAGACGCAUUGCGGAGCGCGGACCAACUGCACUGAGGAUCAAUUUGAGUGCCUGAACGGCUUCUGCAUUCCACGACAGUGGCUGUGUGAUGGGGAAAACGACUGUAAGGAUUAUUCCGAUGAGCUCCACUGCAAUCGCACCAGCUGCACUGACGAGCAUUUCACCUGCAACGAUGGCUACUGCAUCUCCUUGGCCUUCCGCUGUGACGGCGAACGCGAUUGUGACGAUAAUUCGGAUGAGCACAAAUGCCCGGCGGUGAUCAACAGCUGUCCCGAAGGUGAAUUCAAGUGCCGUGGUGGCCUCGGCGGUGCCGGCGGUCCCAGUGGUCAGUGCAUUCUCAAUCGCUUCCGUUGCGAUGGUGACAACGACUGCGGCGAUUGGAGUGAUGAGGAGAAUUGUCAGCAGAAGCCAUCGCAAUGCACAUCGGGCGAAUAUAAGUGCGCCGAUGGCACAUGUAUUCCAAAGCGAUGGAAAUGCGACAAGGAGCAGGACUGCGAUGGCGGCGAGGAUGAAAACGACUGCGGCAAUAUGAGUCCAGAGCAUCCAUUAACCUGCGGACCCGAUGAAUACACCUGCCACAAUGGUCGUUGCAUUUUGCGAACCUGGCUGUGCGAUGGCUAUCCGGACUGUUCGUCGGCGGAGGACGAGGUCGAUUGUCUCCUGCAGUGUGACGCCGGCCAAUUUCUCUGUCCAGCUAAGAAAAACAUCACGAAUCUUAAAAUCUGUGUGCAUCAGAAGCAUGUCUGCGAUGGCCAAAACGACUGUCCACUCGGCGAGGACGAGGUCAACUGCCCAGUUGAACAGAAGUGUCCGGAGCCACGGCAAUGUGAGCAACUCUGCAUCAAAACAGCACGUGGAAAAGAUGAAUGCGCCUGUCGAUUGGGUUAUCUAAUGAAUGAGAACAAGCGCAACUGCACAGACAUCGACGAAUGUCAAUAUUUGACGAGUCCAGUCUGCUCACAGAAGUGUCACAAUACACUGGGAUCCUUUGUCUGUUCGUGCGAGAUGGGCUACAUACUACGGCCGGAUCUGAGGACAUGCAAGGCUCUUGGAGGAGCGAUGACUCUGCUGGUGGCAAAUCGCUGGGACAUUCGACGAGUGACCCUCAGCAAUAAUCGUUACAUGGCUGUUGUGAAAGGAUUACACAAUGCGAUUGCUCUGGACUUUCAUUAUCGUAAGGGAAUGAUGUUCUGGUCGGAUGUGUCCACUGAUGUCAUCAAGAUGGUAUAUGUGAAUGGAACCCGGGUGCGGGAUGUCAUCAAGUGGGGAUUGGAGUCGCCAGGUGGCAUUGCUGUCGAUUGGGUGCAUGAUCUUCUCUUUUGGACCGAUUCGGGUACGAGACGAGUGGAGGUAUCCAAUUUCCAGGGCAAUCUACGUACUGUGAUUGCCGCCAGUGAUUUGGACAAACCACGUGCCAUCGUCAUACAUCCUGGCGAAGCUCUGGCCUUCUGGAGUGACUGGGGACCGAAUCCGAAAAUCGAACGUGCUCACAUGGAUGGAUCACAGCGUCAGGUCAUCAUAUCCAAGGGCGUCACCUGGCCAAAUGGUCUAGCCAUUGAUUAUCCGAAUAGUAAGAUCUAUUGGGCAGACGCCAAGCAACAUGCCAUCGAGUGCUCCAACUUGGAUGGCAGUGAUCGGAUCAAGGUGCUCAGCACACAUCUUCCCCAUCCAUUUGCCUUGACCAUCUUUGAGGAUACAAUGUACUGGACUGACUGGAACACCAAGACGGUCUCCGCUGCCAAUAAGAUAACGGGCAAAGGCUUCCGAUCUGUGCACGAGAACUUCCACUUUCCCAUGGACAUCCAUGCUUAUCAUCCGGCUCGUCAGCCGGACUAUCAGGAUCGCUGCCAGAAGGACAGACGUGGACUACGUGGCGGCUGUUCCCACAUGUGUUUGCCCAAUAAGACAUCGCGUCGCUGUCAAUGUCCAAUUGGACUAUCACUCAAGGAUGAUGGGAAAACGUGCAAGAGUGCGCCGGAUAAACUGGUGCUCGUGGCACGUCGCAAGGACAUUCGUCUGCGGCAGCUGAACAGCAAGCCCUCGGGACCGAAUGAGGUUGAUAUGAUUGUGCCGCUGGACAAUCUAAAGCAUGCUGUCGCCCUCGAUUGGUGCAGUGAGACGGACUUCAUCUACUGGACGGAUGUGGAGCGUAGCUCCAUAAGCAAGGCACAUCUCAAUGGUAGCUAUCAACAGCGUGUGGUCCACUCGAAUUUAGAGUCACCAGUUGGCCUGGCACUGGACUGGAUAACCGAUAAACUCUAUUGGACCGAUCCAUCCACCAAUCGCAUUGAGGUGGCCACCACAAAUGGAAAGAUGCGCACAUUGCUCGUCUGGGAGAAGCUGGACAAGCCGCGAGAUAUUGUCGUCAAUCCAAUAGAUGGUCUCAUGUUCUGGUCGGAUUGGGGGGAGGAGGCCAUGAUUGAACGUGCCAAUAUGGAUGGCACCAGUCGCGUUAUUAUCGCCUCCAAGAAACUCAUCUGGCCCAAUGGUCUGGCCAUCGAUUAUGAUCAGAACAAGUUAUAUUUUGUCGAUGGCGGCACCAAGACUCUGGAGAACAUGAACUUUGAUGGCAGCAAUCGCAAAACCAUAAUCAAUGGACUUGGUCAUCCAUUUGGGCUGGAUGUGAGCGGCGGACGAGUGUACUGGACAGAUUGGGAUACCAAGUCGGCCAUGAGCGCCGAUAAGUUGACGGGUAAAAGUGUGAGCACCGUUAUUGCCAACAGUAGCGACCUUAUGGACAUUCGUGUAUUUCAUCGAACGCGCAGGCGCGUUUACAAUGCAUGUGACAAGCAGAAUGGAGGUUGCUCCCAUCUGUGUCUUCUGAAUCCCACUAGUUACACUUGUGCUUGUGCCGUGGGCGUCCAGUUGAAGGAGGAUCGACGCACGUGCUCCGAGGGGCCAACCAAGUAUAUUCUCUUUGCCCAUCGCAUUGAUAUUCGUCAAAUAUCAUUGGACUUUGAUCAUCUGAUCGAUGUGGUGCUACCAUUGCCGCCAAUCUCGAAUGCUGUUGCCCUGGACGUGGAUCAGAAGACGGGCUACAUUUUCUGGUCGGACACCAUUGAGAAUGUCAUCAUGAGCUCCAGUCCCGAUGGUCUUCAUGUUCACAAAGUGAUUGGCGAAAGUCUCGAGAAUCCAGACGGUCUGGUUGUCGACUCCAUUGGCAGGACAAUCUAUUGGGCUGACGCGGGCAGACACACAAUAGAAGUGGCCACCCUCGAUGGCAACCAUCGUCAUGUGAUUGCCUAUAAGGAUUUGGAGUCACCACGUGGCUUGGCCCUCGACUAUGAGGCGGGUUUGCUAUUCUGGACCGACUGGGGACAUUAUCGCAAGAUCGAGCGUUCCCAUCUCGAUGGCAAUGAACGUUCCCGCAUUGUCACCGCCAAUCUUGGCUGGCCAAAUGGUCUGUCCUUGGAUUUGAAGAGUAAACGAAUCUACUGGGUGGAUGCCCGACUAAAGACAAUUGAUUCCUGCGAUUAUACGGGCAACCAGCGGAAACUGAUCAUGUCCUCAUUGCAUCAUCCUUAUGCAUUGGCUCUCACCGAAGACUAUAUCUAUUGGACGGACUGGAAGUCGAAGGCUCUGCACAUGGCGGAUCGACGGAACACGAGUGCCAAGCGCGAUGUCAUGACUAAUAUUGAUGGAUUGAUGGACAUCAAGGUGAUUGUCAAGCAUCAGCAGAUGGCGGAGAAUGUGUGUGGCAACAAUAACGGUGGCUGCUCCCAUCUCUGUCUGCGCAAUCCCGCUGGUUACUCCUGCCAGUGUCCCACUGGACUGAAGCUGCGUGAUAACAGCACAACACAUUGUCAGAAUCUACCAGAUGAUUACCUGCUAAUUGCCUUGCGCUCCGGAAUCGGAAUGAUCUCAUUGAAUAGCGGUGAUUAUAUGGACGUGGUCCUGCCUAUCAGUGGAGUACACGGCGCUGUGGUACUCGACUAUCAUUAUCGCAAGAAUUGGCUAUUCUUUGCCGACGUCAAUCUCGAUGUGAUUCGUCGUGUCAAUCUUCUAAACUUGACCGAGAGCAAGGUCAUUGUCAGCACCGAACUCUUUACACCGAAUGGCAUUGCCGUUGACUGGAUUGCCGAGAAUCUCUAUUGGUCAGACACAGAUCGCAAACUAAUUGAAGUCGCUCGCCUUGAUGGCACCUGCCGCAAGAAGCUAAUCACUGAGGAUUUGGGCGAUCCUCGCUCCCUCAUUGUGCAUCCAGCCAAAGCGUAUCUCUUUUGGUCGGAUUGGAAUUCGCCAGCGAAGAUCGAACGCAGUUCUCUAGAUGGUUCAAAUCGCACAGCAAUUGUCACCUCGGGUGUGGGUUUUCCAACGGGUCUCACAAUUGAUUUCACCAAUCGGCGACUGCUUUGGGCCGACGCAUUAGAGGACAAUAUUGGCCAGGUUGAUUUUAAUGGGAAACGUCGUCAGACUAUCGUUCCAUAUGCACCACAUCCGUUUGGUUUGACCAUGUUUGAGAGCAACAUUUAUUGGACAGAUUGGUACAACAAGUCCGUGUACCGCUCACAGGUUGUGCCUCGCAUGGGAUACGGUUAUCCUUUCGAGGUGAGAGAUGCACUCAGUGGGGCACUGGACAUACGUGCCGUGUCGUUGCAACGUCAAGCAAAGAGCUGGAAUCAAUGUGCCCAGGAUAAUGGCGGAUGUUCACAUCUGUGCUUCUAUCGUGGCAUUGAUUAUGUGUGCGCUUGCCCAGAUCGGCUGGAGAGCGAUCGACGGGAAUGCUCGACGACUCCCAAGGAGCUGGUACAGGCGCGACUCGAGAGCGAUCAACAGCCAGAUUAUUCAGAUGAGCUGACUGAAGACCCAACAUCGAUCGACAACCAGGAUAACAAUAAUGGCCAGUUCGAUGACGAUCUCAAGAGCAAAGAGGACAACGAGCGUGAAUUCUUUGUACUGAUUGCGCUCGGUGUUGUCAUUGUUAUGGUCGUCAUCAUAAUGCUGGUGAUGUUCAUGCUCGCAUUAAAUACAAAUCGCAAAAAAUCGAAGCGCAACACACGCGGCUCCAGUCGCUCCGUAUUGACAUUCUCCAAUCCCAAUUACAAUGUGGACGGUACACCAAUGGAGCCCAAAACGAAUAUCUGGAAACGUUUUAAAUAUGACAAAUCGCACGAGCGCGCUGGAGUUUACGAAGAGCGCAGCUUGACCACUGAGACGGCUUCGUCCAGUUUAUUCGUGCCAACUCCGUCUCCGAUGGCAUCACCAUCGACAAAGACUAUGCAACUGACAACGCUCUCGACUAUCACAUAAACACAAAAUGACGUCACAGAAGUCACAAGUACAUAAAGAUAAAAAAAAAACAGAAAAAAAA